AUGAACGAGACGAAAAAAAAGGUAGCGAGUAAACACUCACAAGGAACAUUGUCGAGGGGGGCCAAGGAUGAAGAAGAAGAAGAAGGAAGAAUUGGCAAGGACGACGAUUUGGAUUUGGGUGGAGCUUCUGCCGCGCGCCACAACGACGACGUCGACGAAUAUGGGUACAGGAAAAGGUGUGGCUACGCCGGGGCUAGGUUCUGGGCAUCCUUUUAAGGCCGAGCCCCAUUUUCCAGCCGACGGCAAAAGACUACGGCGAGAAAAACACCCACAACACCUACACGGAUUGCGCAAGCUUAGCCGAUCCUCUCGACUCUUAA